AUGCGGUCUUCUCAAAUCGUUGCCUUCACCUUGCUGGGAUGGGUGUUGCCCCCCUUCGGAAGUUGCGAUCUAGCUGGAUCCAAGAUAGAAAAACGACAGGAUGCCAGUGAUACGAGUUUUCCGACACUGACGACAGAUCCUCCGAGUUCGCAAACGGAUUCGCCCUCGACACAAGUCCCUGAACCCUCGAGUUCGAAGUUCUCUCAGACGUCGGGUGGGACAUCCACUUUGUCUCAUACCUCGACCACGAGAGUAGCGACCACGACUAACGCCACCCCGGCCGCAUCUAGUGCUGCCGCAAAUAACUCGACGACAUCUUCUGGCCAGGAUGACAAAAACGAACUCCCUCUCCACCCGAGAAUCACACCAGCACUUGGAAUCGCUGGAGUCUUCCUCAUCGCCUUGGGAGCCGUAUAUGCCUUGAUCGGCGUCAAGAGCAGAGGGGUUCAGAUCUUCUUAUCCGCCGCCUUCCUGGCCAGCACCGCCACUACAGCUCUGGUCGGCUAUGUGAUGAAUCCGCCAGUAAGUAAUGCCAUUCAAGGAGGUUUCUUUGUCGCCAUCUUCAUGACUGGAGCUGUCUUCGGGGGUGGAGCCCUCAUCUUCAAGGAACUCACCGAGGGCUUGGGCUGCCUCUUGGGAGGAUUUUGCUUUAGCAUGUGGUUGCUGACAUUAAAGCCUGGCGGACUCAUCACAAGCUCGGGAGGCAAGGGCGCCUUUAUUGGUGGUUUUUGUGUGGUAGCCUGGGCCUUGUCUUGGAUCCAAUACACCCGACCGUACGCAUUAAUUGGAUCAACAUCUUUUAGCGGCGCCACCGCUUUUGUUCUCGGCCUUGAUUGCUUCACAAGGGCCGGAAUGAAGGAAUUCUGGUUUCACAUCUGGAAUCUGAACGGCGAUCUGUUCCCUCUGGAUACCAACACAUAUCCCCUCACCAAAGGAAUGAAAAUAGAGAUCGCAGUGAUUGUUAUUGGCACGAUGAUUGGCAUUCUGUCCCAGAUUAAAAUGUGGAAAAUCAUCAGGUCCAAGCAGCGACAAGGAGAGGUGGGGAAGGAAGAAGGCGAGCGACAACGGGAAGCGGUCGAGGCCGCUUUGGGGCGACACCUUCAGCGUCAGAAUGAACGUGAAAAGUCGGAAUGGGAGAGACAAUACGGCGAUCGACUUCAGAGUAAACGCCACACGAUCCUGUGGCAGGAUGCACAUCCAGAAAAGCGAUCCUCGAGCGUGUCGGUAGAGGUACUUGGUGCUCCGUCUUCUUCUGCCGAUAAUUGGGAAGUGAAUGCGUUGGGUCCUCAGCGACCCUCCGGGCAUGGGCCGAAGUAUAAACGACAAAGCUCUGUGGCAGUGGAUGUCAUUGAAGAGGUGGAAGAAGACCCCGAAGCUAUUGCUUAUACCGAGCGCCAAAAGGCUCUUCAGGCUCUUGAGGAAGGCAAAUCUUCCGAUGAACGAAAACGAAGCGGCGAAUCCGGCGGAGCCGUAACCACUGGUUUUGAUCAGACGACUGCUGAACCAGGAAAAUUUCUCGAACCUUCAAAAUCCAAACGGCGGUCUCAACAAUCAUUGUCCAACCUUUCAAAAUGUCUGGGUCCGACUUACGGUGCUACGUCGGAGUCUCGAGAGCAACUCCUCGAUGUCGAAAGGCCGUAUAGCAGGGCUUCGUCGGCAGCAGCCACUUUGGAUGAGGACAAUGAAGACCUAGAUGUGUCAGCACUAGACGCGGAUGCGGACGAGAAUAAGCAUCAAAUGCCCGAGAUCAUUAUAUCUCCAACCACGCCAAACGAAGGAAGGCUUUGGGGAACAUCCACCAACGAGCCCACCAACGAAGAAAACGCCUCAUCAUCGAACACAGCAAGAAAUUUCGGAGCUGCAUCUCGACCUGAAGGAAAGGAAGUCGAAUCUGCUGUGGACCAAUCAACCCGCGCAGACGAAGUUGCUCAUUCUAGCGAGAGCGAGGCUGGCGACGGGACAAAGCAGAGCAAUAACUAUUCUCGCUCACAAGCAUCCGAAGGCACCAACUCGAGCGCUGAUUCUUUGACCCAGACUGCUCUGGCUCAGAUUCCGAACCAGUUGUCAAAUGUAGUGUUGUCAUAUCGAACCAAUGAAUGGGCAAAACACAUUGCCACCGCUGAGGCCCCAAUCUGUGAUGAGCCUGAGUCGAUUGACAACGCUGAUGAAUUGCCGACCCAACUGGCGCCGCCGCCCAUAGAAUCUGAGAAAGCGCCUCCCAACGAGCCUACCAUUGAGGCGCCACCGGCCGAGAUGCUGCCACCCACGGUCCAAGCCGGUGGUGCUGGCGUUGGGAUUGCGUCCAAUCCCGCUGCCAAUCAUCGACGUUUCUCGGACCCACAACGGCGCCGAAGUGUGAUCAAAGCACCAUCAAGGUCCGGAUCCUCGCAAUCUUUGAAGCUACCUGGCAACCGGAGCAGUCGGAACUCAUUCAACCCUGUGUCUACAACCUCCCUGGUAACAACGCCAAUCGACGAAAACGUUCCGACCGAGUUCACGGCCUCAAAAAUAACCACUCGUCGCGCAUCUGGAGGGUCACCGUAUCCAAUGGCUCAGCGGAGCUCCUCAUCACCUGUGCUGACCUCAAGUGGGAUGCGACCAUACACUUCCCACGGUAGUGCUAGCCCUCAUGCCAGGAGCACUUACGAUCUUCUGCAAUUGAGCAGACCCGCAAGUCAUCAUACCCAUGCCUCCGGUCUGGUCACGGGCACCCGACUUGAAUCUUACAAUUCUCGACAACCGUCUCGGCGAGAUACGCGAAAUGACGCUGAACGACGAGAAUCUCUACUCGCGGAGUGGCGGCUGUCGCAACAACACCAUGCGAGGAGUAGUGGACUCAAUGAAACUUCUGCGGAAGCUGGCAGAGCCCAGAUGAAGAUGGAGAAAGAGAACCAGAAGCUUCUUGAGGAGCAUCAACGAAAUGCACAACAAAGGAAACAGCACGUAAUGGAUCAAGUCAUGCGAAGACCCGAUAUGCAGGAACUUCACCGAGAGGCGAUGCGUAAAAUGCAAGCAAAUGCCAACCAGAAGUUGCGAAAUUCGACGGGAUAA